AAGCAGCCAUGGUGAAGCUGGACAGUAAUCUCUCUGACAAGCUGGAGAAACAGCCAUCUGCAGAUGAUGGCUUUGACAACAUCCCUCUCAUGGCACCGCUGGAAGUCGACCAGCUGCAGCAGCCGUUUGCAGACAAGGUUAUCGUGAAGACGGCGACAGAAUACCAACUGCAGCACAAGAAAAAUAAGCUAUGUGUGCGCAGUAUCAGGAACCUGAAUAUCAACUGCUACAGAAAUGUUUCAGACAAAGCCAAGAUCACAGGUCUUAUUCUCAUCACUUUGGCCUUCCUGACCAGUGUCCUCCUGCUGCUCAUCUACAAAGCCAUGUGGUAUGAUAAAAGUACCUGCCCAGAAGGUUUCAUCCCAAAGGUACAGCAGAAUCACUGCAGCCCGGCAGCUCUGGAGAUGUACUACACAGAGCAGCAGCAGGAGCCAGGCGUCCUUGGCAGCACCAACACUGGGCUGUAUGCUGCCCUCAACCAACUCAACCAGGUCAAGAGGACUGGGUCUGAGCUGUCAUUGUCAUGGUUACCAGUCAUCAGCAUGCUGAAGAAGGCGGAGCUGUCCAAAGCAGGCGGCGAACUGCUGAAAGAUGCACAGGAAGGACAGGAAUGAAGGUGGUAUGGGAAAUGCAGGUGUUAGAUUAGAAAAUGGCAUGGUGGGUUGUUUUUAUGUUGACGUGUAUGUGUGUGCACAUGAAUGCAGGUAUGACAAACACACGCAGUUCGCACCCUUAAGCUGUGCUCGCUCUACUUGUGUUAGUCAGAGAGGUGGGAACACAAGAGUGUGAAGGGAAGUAUGAAUGACAUCACUGCGAGCGCCUCAUUAAUCUAAUUUUACUUCUUGCUGCUUCAGUGAGUCUUAGAGGUGAAAGUAUGAAAUAAUCAGUGAUUGUGCUCAUGAUUAAUCUGUUAAAGAAACAUUAUUCCACAUUUAAACUGCAGCUCUCAAAGGCCACUUAGUACAAAUUAAAAACAUUUGAUUGACAUGGGCUAUUUCUUUAUAAGACCUUCUUUUGCCUUUCGGGACUUUUGUGUUUUUUAUUGAUACACUGUAAUUGAUCAAAUUCUUUGUUUCAGUGUAGUAUUUCAUACUGCAUU